AUGGGCCAAAAGAACCUGACAGUCCUGCCUGAAUUCAUUCUACUGGGAGUCACAAGGCACCCUGAGCUGCAGGGUCCCCUUUUUGGGGUUUUCCUCAUCAUCUACAUGGUCACAGUGGUGGGCAACCUGGGCAUGAUCAUCCUGACCAAGGUGGACUCCCGCCUCCACACCCCUAUGUAUUUCUUUAUCAGACACCUGGCUUUCAUUGAUCUUGGUAAUUCCACUGUCAUUUGUCCCAAGUUCCUGGUAACUUUUGUUGUGGAGCAAAAUACCAUUUCUUAUUAUGCCUGUGCCACACAGCUGGCUUUUUUCCUUUUGUUCAUGAUCAGUGAAAUUUUCAUGUUGUCAUCCAUGGCCUAUGACCGCUAUGUGGCCAUCUGUAACCCUCUGUUCUACAGUGUUAUCAUGACCCAGAGGGUUUGCCAUGUGCUUGUGGGUAACCCCUACCUCUGCAGCACCAUCCAGUCUCUGACAUUUACUAUAAAGAUUUUUACUUCAACAUUUUGUGGCUCUAAUAUCAUCAGUCAUAUCUACUGUGAUGAUGUUCCCUUGGCUUCCAUGCUUUGCUCCAAUGCACAAGAAACAGGAUUACUGAUACUAAUAUUUGCAGCAUUUAAUUUGAUUUCCCAACUUCACUUAGUCCUAGUGUCCUACAUGCUGAUACUAAUAGCCAUAUUUCAAAUACAUUCAGCAAAGGGCAGGAAAAAAGCUUUCUCCACAUGUGGUUCUCAUCUAACUGUAGUGAUUGUGUUUUAUGGAACUCUGCUAUUUAUGUAUGUGCAACCUAAAUCUAUUCGCUCUUUUGAAAGUGACAGAAUGGUCUCUGUGUUUUACACUUUAGUCAUCCCUAUGCUUAACCCCUUGAUUUACAGCUUAAGGAACAAAGAGGUAAAAAAUGCCUUCUACAGAAUCUUUAAGAUUUCUUUAUCUUUUGUAUUCCAUAUUCAAUAUAGAAUAUUGUUCUAG